AUGGCAAUGGAAAUAUCAGUGAUCACUGUGGGAGCUGUGAUCCUAGUUUUGCUGCUGUUGAUGCUACUGAUUACUUGUAAGAGAGACACAUCUUUAAAGGAAAACCACAAGGGAAGUAAGUUAACAGUUAAAGCUGGACUGCUGCAGAAUCUCCAUCAGUUGCUCCCCCACUCCUCGUCUCCUUCCCUCCCAGGUCCUCCCAGCUUCUUCCUGAUAGGCAAUAUGAUGGAGCUGACACAUGAUCAUCUGCCAAUUCACCUGACCAAUCUGGCACAGCGGUAUGGAAACAUCUACCGCCUGAAAUGUGGAAACACAACCAUGGUGGUGCUAAACAGUAGUGAAGUCAUAAGAGAAGCACUGGUGAAAAAAUGGUCAGACUUUGCAGGGAGACCAGUUUCAUACACAGCUGAUAUUGUGUCUGGGGGAGGGCAUACCAUCUCUCUGGGGGACUAUAAUGAGGAGUGGAGGGCACAUCGUCGCCUCGUCCACAGUGCUUUGCAGCGUUGCUGCCAGCAAUCGUUGCAUAGUGUGAUCGAAAGACAGGCGCUGCAUCUGAGAAAGGUGUUGAUGGACUAUCAAGGCAGCGCUGUAGAUCUCUCAGAGGAUUUCACAGUGGCAGCCAGCAAUGUCAUCACUACUUUGGCUUUUGGAAAAGAAUAUAAUAAGACUUCUUCGGAGCUGCAGCAGCUGCACAGCUGUCUGAAUGAGAUUGUUGCCCUGUGGGGCUCCACCUGGAUUUCUGCUCUGGACUCCUUUCCACUGCUCAGAAAAUUGCCCAAUCCUGUAUUUUCCCGUCUUCUGAGAGAGGUGGCCAAGAGAGAUGAAAUUAUAAAGGAACAUCUCAACAAUUACAAGUCACAAGACAAAAGACAUGAGGAGGCCAUCACAGGAUCACUCCUACAGGGCCUUGAAAAACAGCACAACACAGAACAUGGAGUGCGCCUGACAGAUAUUCAUGUUCACAUGGCCACUGUGGACCUUCUCAUCGGGGGAACAGAGACCACUGCAGCAUGGCUCAACUGGACUGUGGCCUUCCUGUUGCACAGGCCAGAGGUGCAGACCAAAGUGUAUGAGGAGAUGUGCACAGUACUAGAGGGACGAUACCCCAAGUACAGUGACAGACACAGACUUCCUGUCCUGAGUGCUCUCAUCAACGAGGUGCUCAGACUGAGGCCAGUCGCCCCGCUGGCUGUGCCACACAGAGCCAUCAGAGACAGCAGUAUUGCAGGUUACUUCAUCCCGAAGAACACAGUCAUCAUUCCUAAUCUUUUUGGAGCUCACCAUGAUCCUGCAGUUUGGUCUGACCCAUACAACUUCAAACCAGAGCGAUUUCUGGCAGGAGGAGGAGGCUCCACCCGUGCCCUGAUUCCUUUCGGAGGGGGGGCUCGGCUCUGCCUGGGGGAGUCCGUGGCCAAAAUGGAGCUCUUUCUGUUCACUGCCUACUUGCUGAGAGAUUUCCAUUUCAUCCCUCCUGAGAAUAAAGCCUCUCUGCCCGACCUGAGAGGGGUUGCCAGUGUUGUCCUCAAGGUCAAACCCUACACAGUUGUAGCAUGUCGGAGGCCGCCUGAGACUAAUCCCUGAACUACAGAGGGUGUACUGCUUGCUUGUUGCUUAAACAUAUUAUUUCUGUGAAAACAAAUACUUUUUUGAACAAACUUUUAAAUGUAAGUAUCAUUACAGAACCUUCAUUGGUAUGUCUCUAAUCAACACAUUUUUACAUUUGGCUGUGGUAUUAAAUAUCCUGAUUAAAAUGGUCAGUUAUUGGGUUUAUAGCUCCGAAUGUGUUAAAAAGUUAUAUUCAAUCAUCUAUAUUGAGAUGUAUAUAUAAACAUUUGUUUAUUUGUUUAGUGUUAAAGGGCGAUUCAAACUGCAUAAAGAUUUUAUAUGUAAAAUAAUCAGCCUCAGAAUCACCCGUGGAGGGGGGAAAUUAUAUGAGUCAUCAAUCACAUUUUUCCUAGAAUAUAAACAAGAAGGAUCCGUAAGAAGGAUAUCUUGAUCAAAUAAACACAGUUCAAGUGAAGCUGCAUUUGAAUGAAAAAAUAGAUUCCAAACCUAGAAAUUGUACACUGAAAACUGGUAAAAGAUACUACUAGAUCGAAUAAUAGAAUAUAUGAAAGAGAGUCUGACAGCACCACCCUGUGGACCAACACUGAGAGCGCUACAGAAAGUGAAAUCACUUCCCUCCUGAAGAAAAUGUCCAGUUGACUCUGAGGUUACCACUCCUCCUCCCUUGGUUCAAGGCACAUCUGGUAAAAGUGUGUGUAGCAUUUAUACAUUAAUUAUGUUCUGCAUCAAUCUGAUGAAAGAUAACCACAAUACCAGUGUAUAACUAGAGGCUUUUGUUGUUUGCACACGUGAUAGAAAUGGGAUAUAUUACAUUUAAAGCACACAGUAGGCAUUUGUUUGUAUAGUGGCCACAGUUUUUUUAUAGAAUUGAAGGCGUACCAUGCAAAGAUUAACAUGGGCCUCUUGUGGGCCAGUCUUAAAAUAAAAAAUGAUUCAUUUCCUUAACAUGUGACUUAAAACACUUCUGUCAUCAGAGGAUUUAGCAAUAUUGGAAUAAGCAACACAAUCUAGGAGAAGACAUAUUCUAUUAGAAGGAUGGCAUAUUUUUCAUGGAUAAGAGUCUGUCUUCUUUCUCUCACUCAGGCAGCUGCUGGAUUUCAGUCAUUUGGUAAAUAUAUAGAAUAUAAUGUAUUAUAAUCUGUUGUAGGCCAUUUGUUUUGGGAUAGUCUAUGAAUUGGUAAUGUUGGUCUUAGUUGACUAAGAUUACUUUAGUCAAUUCUUCACAGUUUUACUUUUUUUUUAAUAAAAUACUUAUUUCUAAGAAA